AACUUCACAAGCUCCAGGCUGGAGUCCAUUCACUGAUCUUAAUUGUGCAUCAGCCUGCGCCACAAGAUGAGCCAUUUAGAUGCAUGGCCGAAGGAGUUUCAAUAUCCCCAAAUUCCCUGCUAGCUCUAAGUGCUGGAUCUUUUGUGCCCUCUGUAUUUUUGGAAGCUCGGGGACACUUUACAUCAUGACUCACUCGUGUCCCCUGUAAAUACGAAGGAUAUAUACACCAGCAGAUUACAGGCUGUCACAUCAGAACAACUCCAGUUGGACUGUUCCCAGCCAAGAGUUUGUCAUUUCGAUCUUUGAGAAGAUGCAGGCCGGUGAGAUUUUACGCAGCCUGAGACUGGCAGAAUAUGACGACUUUGGGCAGUUUUUCCGAAGCGUCCCAGCUACCACUCUGGUGGGAAUAGGUGCCUUUGCUGCAGUCAUUGCCUAUUGGUUUGCUAGCCGACCCAAAGCAGUCAAGCCUCCUUGUGACCUCUUACAGCAAUCGCUGGAACUUGAGAGCAGUGAUGGUGCCCGGCAUUCAGUACUGGGCGAGGGCCCCAAGCUCCUUAUCCACUAUUAUGAUGACGCCAGAACGAUGUAUGAAGUUUUCCAGAGGGGCCUGCAUAUAUCUGAGAAUGGCCCAUGUCUUGGAUCCAGGAAAUCAAAUCAACCAUAUGAAUGGCUAACUUACAGAGAGGUCUCAGACCGAGCUCAGUGCUUGGGAUCAGGGUUGCUGCAACAGGGAUGCAAGCCUUCCAGUGACCAGUUUAUUGGAGUCUUUGCACAGAACCGCCCUGAGUGGAUCAUUUCUGAGCUUGCCUGCUACACCUAUUCCAUGGUUGUUGUUCCUCUGUAUGACACAUUGGGCCAGGGAGCCAUCCGCUAUAUUAUCAACACAGCUGAUAUUUCUACAGUGAUCUGUGACAAGCUAGACAAAGCCAAUAUCCUUUUGGAGCAUGUGGAAAAGGGAGAAACGGCAGGCCUCAAAUCAGUUGUUCUCAUGGACCCUGUAGAUACACAAUUACUGGAGCGAGGCAGAAGAUGUGCCGUCAAAAUACAGACCAUGCAGCAAUUGGAGGAGAUUGGGAAAAGAAACCUUAGACCACCUUUGCCACCUACACCAGAGGAUCUUUCUAUUGUGUGUUUUACUAGUGGUACCACAGGAAAUCCUAAAGGUGCGAUGCUUACCCACGGCAAUGUUGUGGCGGAUUUUUCUGGUUUUUUGAAAGUAACCGAGAAAGUGAUCUUUCCGACACAGGACGAUGUGCUCAUCUCCUUCUUACCUCUGGCUCACAUGUUUGAAAGAAUUAUACAGUCAGUGGUUUACUGUCAUGGAGGAAGGAUUGGAUUCUUCCAAGGUGACAUUCGCCUAUUGUCUGAUGACAUGAAGACGCUGAGACCCACGAUAUUUCCUGUUGUGCCACGACUAUUAAACAGAAUGUAUGACAAAAUAUUUAGCCAAGCUGACACAUCCAUUAAGCGCUGGAUUCUUGAAUUUGCUGCUAAGAGAAAGGAAGCUGAAGUACAAAGAGGUGUGAUCCGAAAUAACAGUCUAUGGGACAGACUUCUUUUCAAUAAAGUGCAGGCAAGUCUUGGAGGGCGUGUUAGGAUGAUUGUUACGGGAGCUGCUCCUGCCUCCCCCACAGUUCUGGGAUUCCUCCGUGCAGCACUUGGAUGCCAGGUCUAUGAAGGUUACGGACAAACAGAAUGCACAGCUGGAUGCACUUUCACUACACCAGGGGACUGGACAUCUGGGCAUGUUGGAGCACCAUUACCCUGUAAUUAUAUUAAACUGGUUGAUGUAGUGGAAAUGAGCUACUUUGCAUCAAAAGGAGAAGGAGAGAUAUGUGUUAAAGGACCGAAUGUCUUCAAAGGCUACCUUAAAGACAAAGUGAAAACAGCUGAAGCAUUGGAUGAGGAUGGCUGGCUUUACACUGGAGAUGUUGGAAAAUGGUUACCAAACGGGACCCUUAAAAUUAUUGACCGGAAAAAACAUAUAUUCAAGCUAGCUCAAGGAGAGUACAUUGCUCCAGAGAAAAUUGAGAACAUUUACAUUCGGAGUGAGCCUGUAUCACAGAUUUAUGUCCAUGGAGACAGCUUACAGGCGUUCUUAGUGGGCAUAGUGGUCCCUGAUGCAGAAGUGAUGCCAGCGUGGGCAAAGAAGAGAGGAUUUGAGGGAUCUUUUUUGGAGCUUUGUAACAAUCUGGACCUCAAAAAAGCAAUAAUGGAUGAUCUGGUGAGAUUAGGAAAAGUGAGUGGGCUGCAUUCCUUUGAGCAGGUCAAAGCGAUUCAUAUUCACACAGAAAUGUUCUCCAUACAAAACGGCUUGUUGACUCCAACUCUGAAAGCAAAAAGGCCGGAGCUACGAGACUUCUUCAAAGAGCAGAUAGAAGAGCUUUAUACAAUUGUUUCAGUAUAAGCAAUCAUUAAAAUGCUGAAGACAUGUCCUUGAUAGACACUUGACUUGCACAGUAAAAGUUAAAGAUAUAUUUUUAUUGUCUUCUCGGAUUUUAACCAUUAUAACUAAUUUCCUGUCACAGUUCUUGAAAUGUAUGAAUUAAAAAGGAAAUAAAAUGGCAUGGUUACAUUAACCAUGGACAUUUUCCACAGUAUUAGCAAGCAUGGCAUUAAUUACAUGAAAGACUAAAGAGUAAUAAGGACCAGCACAACUGCAAAAAGGAGGACAGUUUUUCUGUAAAAAAAAAAAAAAUGCACUUUUAGAAAAAAAAAAACACAACUAAGCAGAAUUAUAGAUUGAGUGAUUUAGUUGUUAUUGCACGGAACUCUGAAUAAAAACAAUCUGAUCAAUCUUUCUUCUGCAUUGCUAGGGCAUUGGUGUUCUUUUUAUAUUGCAUUUAAUAUUGCAUACGCUGUGUAGAAUGUAAGAAAAACAUAAUAAAAAAAAUCCGGAAUUAUUAUUUCCAAUAAAACAACUAUUAAUACAA